AUGAGUAUUGAUAGUGAAGAAGUGUUUGAUCAAAUUACUGAAGAAAAUAUUAAAAAAAUGAUUCCAUGCAUUGUUAAUAUUUUCAUUGUUGGAGAUAAUCUUCAGAAAGAGUUUGUUGCUUUAGAAUUUGUUUGGGAAAUCACAAGAAAACAUGAACGAAUAUUUGAAGGAACUGAAGGAGUUGUUUUAGCAAAUAAAUUACUACAUUCAUUACAACUCUUUUAUUCAACACCUAAUGUUCAAACAGAUGAUUGUCCAUUGAAUUCUGAUGAGAUGAAAUGGUUAUUUGAGUUUUUCAUGAAUUAUUCUAAUUGA